AUGCUGACGACGCGGGCUGGUGGCCUGGGCGUCAACCUGCAGACCGCCGACACGGCCAUCAUAUACGACAGCGACUGGAACCCCCAGUGGGACCUGCAGGCCAUGGCGCGCGUGCACCGCAUCGGCCAGACCAAGCCUGUCCACAUCUACCGCCUUGUGACACAGCACUGA